AAAGCUGACCGAAAUUGCCAUCAGACAUAAAUGUUAUUAAUUAAUAACUAAUGAAUAUGAAGCACCAAAGAUUAACGCUUCUGAUCUCAAUCUCACUCACUUAUGGCGAGCAGUUCCCGCAGGCGAAUUGACGACGGUUCACGCCGGUCAAGUGUUGGAUCGAACGGACCACAGUUCUUCAAAAUAAUUCACAAUGGCAUAGCUGAUGAUCGAAAGUUGAGGAUUCCAAGAGAGUUCACAAAAAAGUAUGGAAAACAUCUGUCGAACCUUGUGUUCCUCAAGGUUCCGACUGGUGCAGUAUGGAAAGUAGAAUUGGUAGAUUCAGAUGGUGCUGUUUGGCUACAGAAUGGUUGGCAAGAAUUCAGGGAGUAUUAUUCUAUAGGUUAUGGACACUUUUUGGUGUUUAGGUAUGUUGGAAAUUCUCAUUUUCAUGUUCUUAUAUUUGAUAUGAGUGCAUCAGAGAUAGAAUACCCUGUAAGUGCUACCCAUGGUGAACAAACCAACAAUACACGACACAAAGUGCGCAGAACAGAUGCUCUUGAGGUAGAUGAUUCUCUCGAAAUCUUGGAUGGUACAUGUAAAACAGAGAACACUUCUAUAGGCAUUCAAACUUGUGGCAUGAAGCUUGCCAAAUCAAAUGCAGAUUGGGGUUCAAACUGUUUGACCAGAGAGAUUAAAACAGAAGAAUGCACUGGGGACACGGUCACUGAAACGAGAGACCUGCAUACUAAGAAUCCUAAAAGAAGGCGAUCAAUAAGUGACGACGAAAAAUUUAGUGCCCUUCAAAGAGCCAAAGAUUAUAAAUCCGAAGAUCCUUUUAUUGUGAUUUUUAUGCAACCAUCUUAUGUCACAGCCAGAACCAAUCUGAGUUUACCAUUAGUCUUUGCACAGAAAUAUUUUGCUCACAAGCAGAACAUCAUACUUCGUGUUUCCGAUGGGAGAACAUGGUCUGUUAAGUGCAGUUUGGGAGAAACAAAUGCAAAACUCAAUUCUGGUUGGAAAUCAUUUGUGCAGGACAAUCAUCUUAAAGUAGGUGAUGUUUGUGUCUUUCAACUGAUUAAGGGCGUAGAACCUUCGCUAAAAGUCAUCAUAUUUUGAGCAGCAGUCGAAUGUGCCAAGUGUCGCGUGCUGCUGCAGGAUUUUGUAAUGUACUUAGAAGUCCAUUUUGUGUUCAUGAGAUUGAGGAAGACAGCAACAUCUAGGAUUGAUGACUUUAUUUUGGACCGUUUCUGCUAAUGUGUUUAAUCCAUCUAUUAGCUGUUUGUUGUUUCCAACUUUUUUUGCAAUGAACUGAAUGU